UCCGUGUGGGCGGGGCCAGGCUGGAGCUCGACCCAGUUUGAAAGUGAACCAACGGCUCCAGUCGCUGCUUCAUCCCCAAACAACAACAAGAACCGACAGUCCCGAACCCAGAAACUGGCCCGGACUCUGCUGCAGCGUGUACCGGCCCUCCUGACCCGCCUUCACUAUGAUGCGUAAAGAUGUGAACAAGCCGAAGGGGAAAACGUCGGCGUACGCAUUCUUUGUUCAGACAUGUCGAGAGGAACAUCGGAAGAAGAACCCCGAGCAGUCGGUCAACUUCGCCGAGUUCUCCAAGAAAUGCUCUGAAAGGUGGAAGGCUCUGUCUCCCAGUGAUAAGAAGUGUUUUGAGGACAUGGCGAAGGCUGACAAGGCACGUUACAACAGGGAGAUGAAGGACUACGUCCCACCCAAGGGCUUCGGAAAGAGGGGACGCAAGAGGAAAGACCCAAACGCACCCAAACGGCCCCCGUCGGCGUUCUUCGUGUUCUGCAGCGAGUACCGUCCCAGCGUCAAGCAGCAGUACCCUGGUCUGUCUAUAGGAGACUGUGCCAAGAAACUGGGCGAGAUGUGGAGCAAACUAUCCCAGUCCGAAAAACAGCCGUACGAAGAGAAGGCCCAGAAGCUACGAGAGAAAUACGACCGGGACAUGGUGGCGUACCGUGGCGGCGGAACGUUUGCCAGAAAUCCCGGCUCCUCGGCUCAGGGAGGAGAGGAGGAGGAGGAGGGAGAGGACCAAGAGGAGGAGGAGGAGGAAGAGGAUGAUGAGUAGAAACAGCGAGCCCAAGGCUCAAUCCACGUGUA